GCUGCUGCUGCUGCCGCCGCCGCUGGCUCGGGAUGACGCCACCUCUCGCUCCGCCCCGGCGCAAACUCGCUCUUCGCGUUCAUUUCAUUCCUCUUCUCAUUCCGAGCAUUCUUCGCAUCUCUUGUCAGUGCGCGAAGCGAUUCAACUUAAAACCACCCCGGCCGGCGCAGAAACACUACUAUAACUUGACAUAGUAUUACAAAAAAUACGCAGUCACAGCACAUUACCAACAGAAAGCGUCAUUUUUAGAUGAGAUAUCAAUAACGAGGUAAGUUUCAUUGGUAGUUGCAGGUAUUGAAAGUGGCUGCAGACUUCUUGUUAUAUUUGCAUUUUAAAAUCUGCCUCUUUAAUUGAGCUUUUUACUAUUAAAACGUGGAUUGGCGUGAGCGCGCAGAGAGGUAGAUGGAUGGCCGAUUCCUGCUUCACUUUGAACACUCACUGUUGUAGACCGCGGCUUUGACACAGCAGCGAAAAAUCUUUGACAUUUUUGACAUUUUUGGAGAAGAAGCCUGCUCCUACGCCCACAGAAAAGCCUCACACGCCGCGUGUCCGCUGUCACAUCCGCACACGGUCCCGGCGGGAUUCGGCGCCGAACUAAAAACACACGCGCACACACACACACACACAACACAGCAGAACAGUUUUUUGGACAAGAUGACGAUUGAAAACGUUGCUGUUUUCCUCUCCAGAGUUGGAUCAGCCGGGAGUUGUUGUUGUUGGAGCGUUCACGGAGCAACUCGGAAGACAAACGCCGGGGAGACUUGUUGCUUCGACACGUUUGCUGGCGCUUUUAUUAACCACGAGCUCCAUCGAAGUUUUGUGUCUCUCCCUAGUCUGCUCCAGGCUUCUGCUUGGAGAGCCCGACCGCCACGAUUGAUCCCAGCAGCUGGAGCGGCAGCGAGAGCCCUGCCGAGGACCUGGAGAGGAUGAGCGACUCGGCGGACAAGCCUGUGGACAACGACGCCGAGGGAGUGUGGAGCCCUGACAUUGAACAGAGCUUCCAGGAAGCGCUGGCUAUCUACCCUCCAUGUGGACGCAGGAAGAUCAUCCUCUCUGAUGAGGGGAAGAUGUACGGUCGAAAUGAGCUGAUAGCGAGAUACAUCAAGCUCAGGACCGGGAAGACGAGGACCCGGAAGCAGGUGUCUAGUCACAUACAGGUCUUAGCAAGAAAGAAAGUUCGAGAAAUCCAAGCUGCCAUUAAGGUACGUCUGGCUUUGCCCAGUUGUCGGGGGCUUUUCAUUGCCAUGGUUACAGGUUCUUCCUUUGUUUUCCUCCCCUCCCCUACCCCGCAGGUGUCUAGUCACAUUCAGGUUCUUGCCAGAAGGAAAUCUCGUGAGUUUCAUUCCAAGCUAAAGGACCAAGCCGUGAAGGACAAAGCCCUCCAGAGCAUGGCCUCCAUGUCCUCGGCCCAGAUCGUCUCCGCCACGGCCAUUCACAACAAGCUGGGCCUGCCAGGCAUCCCGCGCCCAGCCUUCCCUGGAGCCGGGUUAUGGCAGGGAAUGAUUUCCGCCGGUCAGCCGGGAUCGUCGCAGGACAUUAAACCUUUUACCCAACAAUACCCAACCCAGCCAUCAUCAGUCACAGCGGCCAUCACAAGUUAUGAGUCCACAGCGGCUCCAGCUCCCACAGCACCAGCGUGGCAGGGCCGCUCCAUCGGCACGUCCAAACUCCGACUGGUGGAGUUCUCCGCCUUCCUAGAGCAACAGAGAGACCAAGACUCGUACAACAAGCACCUGUUCGUACACAUCGGGCAGACGAAUCACUCCUACAGCGACGCCCUGCUGGAGACAGUGGACAUCCGUCAGAUUUACGAUAAGUUUCCAGAGAAGAAAGGAGGACUUAAAGAGCUGUACGGGAAAGGUCCUCAGAAUUCCUUCUUCCUUAUAAAGUUCUGGGCCGACCUGAACUGCAACAUUCAAGAUGACGGCGGCUCUUUCUACGGAGUCACGAGUCAGUACGAGAGCUCGGAGAACAUGACCAUCACGUGCUCCACAAAGGUUUGCUCCUUUGGGAAGCAGGUGGUGGAGAAAGUGGAGACUGAAUAUGCGCGGUUUGAGAACGGACGCUUCGUCUACAGAAUAAGUCGCUCUCCCAUGUGUGAAUACAUGAUCAACUUCAUCCAUAAGCUCAAACAUCUACCAGAGAAAUACAUGAUGAACAGCGUGCUGGAGAACUUCACCAUCUUGUUGGUGGUGACAAACAGGGACACGCAGGAGACGCUGCUGUGUAUGGCGUGUGUGUUUGAGGUGUCAAACAGCGAGCACGGCGCGCAGCAUCACAUCUACAGACUGGUGAAAGAGUAAGAAGCCCCCGCGUGUGUCGCCUCUUAUCAAUCCCCCUUCUUUCCAUAGACUCUCCAACCUCGACACAAGUGGCAGUGCCUCGAACCUGAAAGUCACACCCACGCGGCUUUUUGGUCCACGUUAUCGAGGCGAAUGAACGAUGUUUUAGUGUAAAUGUUUAUUUGGCUGCGGCUGUGAAUUGCGGUACAGUUGUUUAAUGUCUAAUUACGGGAAUUCACGUCUCAAAAAUGUGUUCUGUUGGUCUCUGUUGGGUAUAAAUGUUCUUAAGUAA